CCGGUGCGAGCCGUCGAGCCCCGCCCGCCGGGUGUCCCCGGCCGCCCCCGCCGCCCGCAGCAUGUCCGACGCUCCCCGCGUCCCCGGGGACGUCUGCAGCCUCUUGGCAGAUGUUGAAACAUUUGUUUCCCAAACACUAAAAGGAGAAAAUCUAUCCAAGAAAGCAAAAGAAAAGCGUGAAGCUCUUCUUAAGAAGAUAAAGGAUAUUAAGACAAGCUAUCCUCAGGAAUUCCCGGAGAAAGAGCUGGAAGAUGAGGAAGAGUCAGAGAACUCUCUUUCUUCGCCUCCUGAUAGCGUCUCCAUAGCAUCUGACCGAUAUGAUAAAGAGGAUGAAGCCCCUUCUGAUGGCAAUCAGUUUCCUCCUGUUGCAGCUCAGGAUCUUCAGUUUGUUCUGAAGGCUGGAUACCUGGAAAAACGUAGAAAAGACCACAGUUUUCUUGGCUUUGAAUGGCAGAAGCGUUGGUGUGCUAUCAGCAAGACAGUCUUCUAUUACUAUGGAAGUGACAAAGACAAACAACAGAAAGGUGAAUUUGCCUUAGAGGGCUACACCAUCAGAAUGAAUAAUAGCCUUCGGAAGGAUGCGAAGAAAGAUUGUUGUUUUGAAAUCUCUGCUCCAGAUAAGCGCAUUUAUCAGUUUACAGCUGCCACUCCCAAAGAAGCAGAGGAAUGGGUACAGCAAGUCAAAUUUGUAAUUCAAGAUACAGGAUCUAAUGCUAUUCCUGAAGAGGAGGAAGAGGAAUAUGAUGAUGUUGGACAAGCAAACAGUGACCCAAUAGAUGAUAGCAUUUAUGAAGAAGUUAAAGAAGAACGUCUUUCUUCAAAAGCUGAAGUGCCAAGCAAUGAGAGCCAGGAGGAAGUUACCACUGUUUCAGAUAGCGAAAAUACCGAUUAUGCCAAUUUCUAUCAAGGUUUGUGGGACUGCACAGGAGAUGAAGCUGAUGAGUUGACAUUUAAACGUGGUGAUGUUAUCUACAUUAUCAGCAAGGAGUACAAUAGAUUUGGCUGGUGGGUAGGAGAAAUGAAGGGAACCAUUGGCUUGGUGCCUAAAGCCUACAUAAUGGAGAUGUAUGAUAUUUGAGAGGCCUGGGAGAAAUCUGCACUUGAAGUGAAGAGUGGUGUGCAGCUGCAGUUUACAGAGCCAGCCUCUGGAAGACGAUUCUGCUGUACAUGUUUUGCGGUUUCAGCGAAUGUAGUCAGAUCGUUGCCUCGUGAACAUUAAACAUUAUAAACUGUAAUUGAUCAUAACUUUAUGGAAAUGGUCUGCUUAGCCACUUUUUAUAGAAUUUUAAUGCUAGGAAAUUAAUAGAUGGUAAUUAACAUAUGGGACACAAGCAGCCAUAUAGUGCCUGUUGCUCUUUUUUAAACAUGUCAGCAGCACUCUGUAUAGCUGUAGGUUUGGGCUCUCUCAGGGAAUUUUGCUAUCUUUUCCUGUUCUGCAGAUUCAGAAAAAUUACGCAGAGCUUUGAGGGUAAACUCUUACUCAAUUCAUGCAUGCAUUAAUCUUUUAAUGCUCACUGUACAUCUUGUGCAGUUGAAUCAGAAAGUUGAGGGAAAUGUAUGUAUAUUUCAGGUCUUCAGAGUAUUCUCUUUCCAGAUGUUUUCAAGUUAUGCUUUAGCCAAUGAUUAAUUUUUCUCAUGUAUUUAGUAUUGUAUUUUUAAUUACUUAUGUGUUGACACACAAUGAAGAUUUGAUUAUUUUGCUGAUGUAAUAAAUGCACCUGUGUGGUAAUACUGCUGUGGUACCAUUCUGACUUGUCAUGGUAAUUCUGUGGAAAUUUGCGAAAAUAUAUUAAACCCUAAAAUUUUUGCUAAGUCAAUGCAAGAUAAAUUGCAAGUAUAAAUAUUUUUUUCUGUGGUAGUGUGAAAUAUUUUACCGGUACCCUACAGAUAAUUUUGCAGAGUCAAAUACCUUGCUGGUAUGUGGAAUUCUGACACAGGUUGUGCAACAGAGAUCUUAAUUUUCAUCCUGUGUGAAUUAGCAGCAGCUACCUGCAUUCUUGUGUCAAAGCCAGAACUUUGUGGCUAAUCAAAAACAUUGCCUGAAACAUAAAAAUGUACACUAAAAUACUACCACUUGUGCAGAAGUGGUUGGGCAAGUCAGAGUUAAUAUUUUACAUACUCUUCUUUGGGAGAUGUACUUUACCAUUAGCAUGGAAGAUCAACUUUUUUGGGUCCUCCCAGACAGUUGAUUUGUGAGACCCUUAAUCUGCCAGCGAGGCAGGUCAGGCCAGCCUGUGAGCUGCUGAGCCUGUGCAGGUCCCCGUGUAGCUGCUUGUGCUGUUUAUGCUUCAGGCAGACCCCGCGGACACCGUGGGCUAAAAGGAAACGUCAGCCUGAACUCGGAAUUUGGAUCCUUUCAGUAAACUAAGAUGUUGUGCUCUGUGUCAGCUAAUGUGUGGUACUUGCUGGUACACUGAAUUCUAAUAGGCGUCAAACGGGACCGAGUUUUGUUGUAAUUUUUUAAAGAGAUAGUCAUUGGAAUUGAUUCUGUGUGUUAUCAGCGAAGCAUUAAAAUGAUAGAUUAUAGUC